AUGCGAGCGCAAGCCUUACAGAAAAUCCUCUUUUGCUAGCGUCUAGUUAGUAGACGAGGGGUGGACGUCGUUUUUGUAAGUAAUAGCGUCAAAUGAUCAAUCUUUGGCGUUUGUGUUAAGCUGGACAUGUCAGAUUACUUCCUUUCCUCGUUAAUAAGCGCUUCUCUCUGGAGACUGGAGACCAUAGAGACAGCAGAAGAAGAGAGAUGACAACAAUGACGAAUGACGGUGAGUUAAUGGAGGACGAGGUGUUUAAAUGCCUGUCCGUCCUGGGACAGUCAGCUACCGGACUCCAGCACACUUACCUAUGCCUCUCUAUCCCAGGGCGAGACUUGAAAAAUGUCUCCAUUUUAUGCAAUUACAUCUAUCUACAAAAGCUAGAGCUUCCCUACAAUAAAAUCAAAGAUCUAUCCUGCGUGAGUCACAUGCCACACCUCAUCAUACUGGAUGCUUCCCACAACCAACUCACUGAGUUUUUUGGAUUCCAGCCGCCAAAAAAUCUCAAGGAGGUAAAUUUCUCACAUAACCAGAUGUCCGCAAUGAAGGAUCUUUCUGCAUAUUCGUCUUUAACAAAACUUAUUCUUGACUAUAAUUCAUUUAGUGCCAUCAGGGGGCUGGAAAAGUGCAAAAGGCUCUCACACCUCAGCCUGACCCAUAACAACAUCUCCCGCAUUAGGGGUCUGGACCAUCUGCCACUCAGAAAGCUCUGCCUGAGUGGGAAUGUGAUACAGAAGAUUGAGAAUCUCCAGACUCUAAGCAGCCUCCAGGUUCUGGAUUUGUCCUGUAACCGGAUUCAAAGCCUCUCGGGUCUCCAGAACCUCCAUCUCCUGGGAAACAUCAACCUUGAGAGCAAUCUGAUCAAUGAGGUAAAGGAGGCUGCACAUAUGCAUGACCUGAUACUGUUGAGAGAAAUUAAUCUCCUCAGAAACCCAGUGCAGGACCAGGACGACUAUAGACUAGCUGUGAUAUUCCUCCUUCAGCACCUCAUAAUUCUAGAUCAACACACUGUAACUGCAGAGGAGAAGGUGUCUGCUGUGAACAAGUAUGACCCUCCUCUGGAGGUGGUCGCAGCCAGAGAUCAUAUGACCCACUUGGUAUAUCAGCUCAUGCAACCUCAGGUUAUUUUUGACAGUACUCUCCCCAGUCUGGAUGCUCCAUAUCCCAUGCUGGUCCUCACUGGCCCCCAAGCCUGUGGCAAGAGGGAAUUAUCCCAUAAGCUGUGCCAGGAGUUUAGCGACUUUUUUGCUUAUGGUGCCUGCCACACCACGAGGGGGCCCUAUUAUGGGGAAGAGGAUGGAUCCGACUAUCACUUUGUCACUGAAGAAGAAUUUCAGAACAUGAUUCAAAUGGGUCAAUUCGUCCAGACAAUGCAGUACGGAGGACAUUGGUAUGGCCUAUCGCGAGAAACUAUUGAACAUGUGGCUCGUGAAGGUCUGGCCUGCUGUGUGCAUAUGGAACUAGAGGGAGUGUAUAGUUUGAAGAACUCAUAUUUUGAGCCACGUUACAUCUUGCUGAUCCCCACUGUUGUUGAUAAUUACAUUUGCUUUCUGAAAGCAAGAGGAUUCUACAGCAACGCUCAGAUGGAAAAAGCCGUGUCUCGUAUUGAUUUGUAUUCCAUGACCAACAGAGAAUCGCCUGGCUUCUUUGACAACAUCAUACCUUGUGAUGAUCGUGCUGAGGCCUACCAGACUUUAAAACAGCUGGUAAAGGAGUACCUGGGUCUAGAGGAGCAUGGAGGAGGUGACAGCAGCUCAGUGACAUCUGACAACACCUCCACAAACGCAACUGGCGAGUUACUGGCAGCCAACACGACAGAGGCCACUGACCUCAUGGACUCCUACAGCAGAAACUACCAGAACAAAAUCCAGGCCCAAAUGACCCCGCAGCAGACUCCUACAGAAAUGGCUUCCAAUCACAGACGCCAGCAGCUGAUUCGAGAAGCUCUGAGUGGGAAGAGUCCUGGUGCUUAUGCUGAGCUGUUUCAGAGAAGUGCACCCACUGCUCCAUCAUCAUUAGCCUCUCAGUCCCGGCCCCCACCCGGCCCCUCUUCCUCAGUGUGUCCCGUUGGCCUCAACGCUACUGACCCUGAUCAGGACAGCAGUUCUGAGGAAUCUCGUGCCAGUUCUGGCCUGUCCAUGAGGAGCUCAGCAGGGGUGCUCUCAGUGGCCCAGGGGUCAGACACUGGCUCAGGGCCCAACAUAGAGCCUUUGGAUAUUUCUAUGUUGGGGCAGGACCAGGACUCUCUUAGAGGUCACAUGGAGUCUGGCCUGACCCCUGAUGCCCCUCGCUCUGUGUCUGAGAGGGUCUCCCCAACGCUCCCUUCCUCCCCGGGCCGCCCAGGUGCCAACGUUAAACCAGUCCUUCCGCCCAUCCCAUCUGGAAGGAAGACCAAUGAGUCUGGCUCAAAGCAGUAACUAACAGGACAGAGAGCUAGAGAGGGUAUAGAUAGUGAGAUAUUAGCACAUCACGUGAGUGUUAGUGGCAAAAAUAGGUUUUUGAAAUAAGUUUAAUUAACCUCUGUAGCUUCAAGCAAGCCAUUCAAUAAAUGACAAUGAAGGCAGCAGAUGUGCUCUGUGCUGUGAGGCAAAAGCAGGUCAGGUCAUUGGAAAAUAUGGAGAUUCCCAUCCCUCAACUGUGUCCUCCAGUGUGAGUGAUCUGAGAGGUUGAAGGCUUAUCCGUCAUCAGCAAAUCUAAGCUCUGAAAACGGCCCGAAGCUCUUAAAUCCCUGGACACUGGAAGCGAGGCAAGAAGGUGUGCUAUGGAGGUCACGCUUUAUAUUAAAUAUCAUGUCACAGAAUAAUCACUUUGAAAUAAUGUUCAGGUUUUUUUGCAUCACAGUGUAAACAAGCCACAACAACAAAAUUAGCCCAAAGCAACAGAAGCAAGCCGCAAUAACAAAAUUAGCACAACACAAAGGAAACAAGUUGCAACGCAACGAAAUUAGCACAGCACAUUGAAUAAAAAUCAAAAUUAGUGCAACAAGGCAGAAUUAGCACAAAACAUCUAAAUUAGUCCAGAGCAUUGUUUAUUGGCGAUUUGUUGUGUUGUGGAGAUUUUGUCGUGUUGUGCACUACUGGGCCAGUGUAACUAAUAGAAUAUAUUGACAUAACUAAACAGAAAUAUGUUAACAUAAUAUAUAUGUAACAUGAACUUGUAAUCUAUGUGUAACUCAAUGAUCUUCUGCGGCUCAUUCCUGACCACAAAUGAGCAGCUGGAACAGUUGGAGAGACUCUCCUCCUGUAAUUAAUGUAUUUUCUGGCUUAAUCUGACACACAGACUGAGUAAAUAUAUUGAGACAGCUAUUCGGGUAUCUCAUGAUACAAGUUGCAUUUCAUUUCCGCUUUCAUUUGUCAUCAGCGUGCGGUGAGCCUGUGUGUGUACCUGUACAGUAAGUACACACACACACCUGGCCGUCCGUCAGCGUCAGUCCCUCUAACCGGCAGAUGUUGCAAUGAUCUCAUAAUUCAGAGGCAGUUUCAGACAAGACGGUUGUGCAAACCCUCGGGCAUAACCUACUUACAGAGACAGUCUUCACACUUUUACUAUCUUAUCACGCUCAUCUAGAUCUUACGCUCCUAAUGCUGCACUAUAUGCGAAUAUAUGAAAUUAUUCCUACAUGAAUGAAGCAAUGACUUGGUCAAUUGAACAUGACAAAUAGAUAUCGUAGCCAUGGCUUACGAAUUCAUUCCUUGAGAAUUUAGCCGUUUUGGUCUGUGAUUUAUUCAUUUGUUCCUUCAUUUUAAUAUCAAAUCGUGGUCACAUUAUACUGAUUCAUUCACUGCGCGUCAUGUAUUGUAUAACAUUAUAGUCAUACAUAAUCAUAAAAAUAAAUUUGCUUACGAUCUAAUGGUUUAAAUAUUCAACUUUGUGACUUUGUUAGACUUUUAAUUUUAAUGCUAAUGGUAGAUUUUUUUUAUAGCAAGAAAGACUUAAAAUAACUUAAGAUUAGACAGUUUGUUAUUAAUUGUUUAUAUAUAUAUAUAUCUGCACAUUAUAUGUUCUCCCAAUUUUCCAACUUCAACUUGUACAUUCUUAAAUAUAAAGACAUCUGAGGUUCAUAUAAUUUAAUGACAUUGACCAAAAAGAAAAUUGGAACCUUUAUUUUCAAGAAUGUGGUGUUAACCUAUCAGUCAGUGCAGACACACUUUCAUAAAAUGAUGGAGAUUUUCAUGACAGGCUGACUCAUAAUUUCCUUCUCUUCUUUCAUCUCCGGACGUAUCUCCAUAACCUGGCCUCUGAAAACCAAGAUCAUAUCUCAGAGAAGGACAAACCUGUCCACAUUAUAUUAUCCAGGGCAGCGCUGGGAGACAAAGAAACCGGCAUAAAUCAUCUUUUGCACACAGAGACAAGCGAGAGAGGCUAAAUCAUAGUAGAGCUGUUGUAUUUUACCCUCAUAGCUGCAAAAGCUGUUUGUCAGCUCAGGCCUACAGGGCCACAGCUGUGACUGCUCUUGAUACACUGCAUUGUUAAAAUGGUACUUCAGUGAAGUUCAGGCAUGUGGUUUCUCAGUCACAGAAUAGAGGUUGUGGAUUAGAAAUAGGAGCUAUUCCUAAAUCUUCAUCUGCACUACAUACUUAUUAUAUUCUGUUAAUAGAAGUGCGUUUAAGCAAUAUCAUACUGUAUGUGUAAAGUGUUGUUGUACCGAACAUCAGCAAAUGUGCUGUUAUAUAACAGUUCAAUAAGCAAUCCUGUAAUAUGAGUGUGAAGUUCAAAUUUUAAUGUUAGGGUUUUGCAAAAAUAUGUGAGAACUUGCGAUGAUUAAUGCUGUUUCCACGUGGCUUCGACUGCAUGUAAAUAAGGCGAGCAACUAAAAGACCAAUAUCUAACUUUAAACUGAGUUUAAUUUUAUAUCAAGGCAUGCAUUUCACAGACUUUCGUAAAUAUACCAUGCUUGCUUAUUAAUAUUUCGUCUGAUGUGACGAAAUAUUUCAGUAGCCAAUUAGUUUUGGUAGGUGUCUUUGUUACAGUGUGUACUUACUCCAAGGUCAGGUUUAGGCUUGAUUUAAGCUUGGUUUUAUAUAACUGUGCAUAUUUUACUGUUAAAACUAGUCCAUGUAACUAGCACACUGUGGAGCUAAGUGUUCAUUUCUAGUACUUUUAGGUCUGAUUAGUUUGCACAUUCAAAUCUGCAGAUAUUCUUCCAAAACCGGCAUAGAAGAUGCGGAAAAUAGAUAAUUAAUUUGGUUCUUUUACAGUAGGAUGGACUCUCGUACAGACACAAGUCUGCUUAAAAUUGAAUCAGAUUUUGAAGCACGUCCCUGACAGACGCCUUUGAACUGGACAUACAGUAUAAGAGGCUUUGGAAAACUUCUGGUCUUAAUAAAACAUUCAGACAGGGAAAUGAUUAUUAUGUGCUGUUGAUUGAUGCGUGUCCUCAAGCGUUCACCGAAAGCACAGAAUGUAAUUCGUGUCUUCACAUACCGAUGUCCUCCGUAAAUGAUUUCUUAUUUAUAGUGCAAGAACCUAUUUGUAAGGCGAAGGUGAAUCUCGUAGUUGCUUCUAAUGUAAGCUUGUGUAAGUUGGUUUUGCUGUUGUGUUGAGUCAACAUUUAAUCUUUAAAGGUGUAGUUAGCUUCACCCCUGAGAAUUCACUAGCGCUUCUGCUUGCAAGCCAUGCGGCUCAGUUGUUGUUACCAAGGCAACUGGCUCUCUGCAAUGCACCUCCUGUUUGCCUGUUUGGAGACAGGAAGCCUGAAGCAUUGACUUCAUGUGCCAACAGCCCCACAUUAAUUCCCCCUCAUGCUGAUGGAGGAAGAUUUCUGAUACUUUUAAUUAGGCGAUACUCACUCUCCCACACAGUUUCUUGUUCUUUUCUCCCUUUUGCAUUGUCAGACAAAUUAUAAAAGUUUUGAGACUUGUUAAAAUGCUUGUUUAAAGGAAGCAGCAUAACUGAAGUCAGCAUGACUUAAUUGUCACGUACCGUCAGGUUCCAGUGUACAGUUACUGACAGUGCUUGAACUUUAUCAGUGGCUCUAAGUACAAUACACUUACAUUUUUUUUUAAAAUAUAAUUAAUUCAGUGUUUUUUUUUAUUGAUUCCAUUUUAUAUGAUAUAUGUUUAAUAAGCUAUUAUGUAAGCGUUAUGUUACAAGUAUACUGUAAAUUUAUGCAGUGUUAUAUAUUUAUGUUUAUCGUAGUAACACAUUUUUUUAAACAUAUUAACAAAUAAUUACCAUAAUUACCAAAAGUGUAGCCUUGCCUUGCUACUUGCUUAAACUGGUUACAUGCAACUUUAUUUUUGUCUGUUAUGUUCUGUUGUAUUAAAAAUUUUUACUAUUACCAUAUUACCCUUUCUGGCUGUAUUUUAUUAUUUUAUAAAAUCAUUUUUUUAUUAUUUUUAGUUUUGUUCAUUUUGUAUUAGAUGAUUUGUGUUUAAUGUGUAUUAAACCAUUUUACCCUUUCUGGAUAUUGUAUUUAUU